CGUAAUCAGCUCCGCGCCGACUGGAUGCAGUCGCAGGAGGGAGACUGGCAGAUUUUUCUCUGAGGGCGGUGUGCUGCCGGUGGCAUGUUACCGGCUAUGAAAACUGUGGAGGCGGAAGAGGAGUACGCGGAGGAUUGUCCUGAAUUGGUCCCCAUUGAGACCAACAACCAAGAAGCGGAAAAUCUUGACUUCAUCAUUAAGAUUCCAGUCACAAUUAUCACCGGGUAUUUAGGUGCUGGAAAGACAACACUUCUGAACUACAUUUUGACAGAACAACAUAAUAGAAAAAUAGCAGUUAUUUUAAAUGAAUUUGGAGAGGGGAGUGCAGUAGAGAAAUCCUUAUCCAUCAGUCAAGGUGGAGAACUCUAUGAAGAGUGGCUGGAACUUAGAAAUGGUUGUCUCUGCUGUUCAGUGAAGGACAAUGGCCUUAGAGCUAUAGAGAAUCUGAUGCAGAAGAAGGGGAAAUUUGAUUACAUACUCCUAGAGACCACUGGACUAGCAGAUCCUGGUGCAGUGGCGUCUAUGUUUUGGGUUGAUGCUGAGUUAGGGAGUGAUAUUUAUCUUGAUGGUAUCAUAACUGUUGUAGAUUCAAAAUAUGGAUUGAAACAUUUAGCUGAAGAAAAACCUGAUGGCCUUGUCAAUGAAGCUACUAGGCAAGUUGCUUUGGCAGACAUGAUUCUUAUCAAUAAAACAGACUUGGUUUCAGAAGAGGAGCUAAACAAAUUAAGAACAACUGUCAGAUCAAUAAAUGGACUGGGAAAAGUUUUAGAAACUCAAAGAUCAAGAGUUCAUCUCUCAAAUAUAUUAGAUCUUCAUGCCUAUGAUAGUCUCUCUGGAAUAAGUUUACAGAAAAAGCUUCAGCACAUGCCAACAGCACCCCACCUUGAUCAGAGUAUUAUUACAGUCACAUUUGAAGUACCAGGAAGUGCAAAGGAAGAGUGUCUAAAUGUAUUUAUCCAGAAUCUCCUGUGGGAAAAGAACGUACAAAACAAGGACGGCCACUGCAUGGAGGUCAUACGGCUGAAGGGACUAGUAUCCAUCAAAGACAAACCACAGCAAAUGAUUGUGCAAGGCAUCCAUGAACUGUAUGACCUGGAAGAGAGCCUUGUAAGCUGGAAGGAUGAUGCUGAGAGAAGAAGUCAACUGGUCUUUAUUGGCAAGAAUUUAGAUAAGGAAGUUCUUAAGGAACUCUUCCUCACUGCUGUGGCAGAAACAGAAGAGCAGAGGACAGCACCUGGCAAAGAUCAAGUUUGUCCAUCACACUAGAAGC